UAAGCGGGAAUCCCUACCCUCCUCUGCUCUCAUCUCCAGAGGCAAGUUUGCUUUCCAGCGUUAGCCACCUGUGUGAGGCGCUCCCCGUGAGAAAGGUGGCGUGGAAGGAGCGAGAGCCCAGCCACACGGCAGGGGAGCCUUUCUCCGGGAGGCUGGCGGUCUGAACACCUCCAGAACUCAGAGCAUUUAGGAUGCACAGUGCGCUGUAGCCCAACGUCCUCAAGCCUCGUGUGCCCUGGAACCGGCUGACGCCUCCCCAGUUUGUGCGGGGUCCUCCAGGACCUCUUCCUCCCACCUCUCCGCCCCCAAAGUAGUGCUCCCGCCUUGCUCCGCCUGCACAUCCCCCGGCGCGCCCAGAGGUUUAUCAGGCUCCCCACACGCUCCGCCGGCUUCCUCCUGCGCUCGGCGCGAGUGACCCAGGCAGACCCCAUCCCCGUCCCUUCUCCCGCUCCUCUGCCGCCGCGCUCCCGGCUCUUAUCCCCCGGGCCGCGGCGCCCACCGCGGUUCAGGUUUAAUCCCCUUUCGACCUGCUGUUUGGCUCAUCCUCCCAGUCAGCCCAGAGAAGUGGAAUCUGCACUGAAACUCUCGGUGGCUGGAGCCGGCAGACUGGGCAUGCUCAGAAGCCAGGGCUGGCUUUGGUCUCGAGUAGGAAGCUUUUGCACUCGGGAGGCAGCAGCGACUUUGGGGAAAGUUGGUCGGAGAGGGGAGGAAGCCCAGAGACGCGGAGCAGCGGCAGAAAGGAGCCCCCGGCAGCCCGGAGGAGCAUGGGCACGCUGCGGGAUUUACAGUACGCGCUCCAGGAGAAGAUCGAGGAGCUGAGGCAGCGGGAUGCUCUCAUCGACGAGCUGGAGCUGGAGUUGGAUCAGAAGGACGAACUGAUCCAGAAGCUGCAGAACGAGCUGGACAAGUACCGCUCGGUGAUCCGGCCGGCCACCCAGCAGGCGCAGAAGCAGAGCGCGAGCACCUUGCAAGGCGAGCCGCGCACCAAGCGGCAGGCGAUCUCCGCCGAGCCCACCGCCUUCGACAUCCAGGAUCUCAGCCAUGUGACCCUGCCCUUCUACCCCAAGAGUCCACAGUCUAAGGAUCUUAUAAAGGAAGCCAUCCUUGAUAAUGACUUUAUGAAGAACUUGGAACUGUCGCAGAUCCAAGAGAUUGUGGAUUGUAUGUAUCCAGUGGAGUAUGGCAAGGACAGCUGCAUCAUCAAAGAAGGAGAUGUGGGGUCACUGGUGUAUGUCAUGGAAGAUGGUAAGGUGGAAGUUACAAAAGAAGGUGUGAAGCUGUGCACGAUGGGUCCAGGGAAAGUGUUCGGAGAGUUGGCUAUUCUUUACAACUGUACCCGGACGGCGACCGUCAAAACUCUUGUAAAUGUGAAACUCUGGGCCAUUGAUCGACAAUGUUUUCAAACAAUAAUGAUGAGGACAGGACUCAUCAAGCAUACCGAGUAUAUGGAAUUUUUAAAAAGCGUUCCAACAUUCCAGAGCCUUCCUGAAGAGAUCCUCAGUAAGCUUGCUGACGUCCUUGAAGAGACUCACUAUGAGAAUGGGGAAUAUAUCAUCAGGCAAGGUGCAAGAGGGGACACCUUCUUUAUCAUCAGCAAAGGAAAGGUAAAUGUCACUCGUGAAGACUCACCAAGUGAAGACCCGGUCUUUCUUAGAACUUUAGGAAAAGGAGACUGGUUUGGAGAGAAAGCCUUGCAGGGGGAAGAUGUGAGAACAGCCAACGUAAUUGCUGCAGAAGCUGUAACCUGCCUUGUGAUUGACAGAGACUCUUUCAAGCAUUUGAUUGGAGGACUGGAUGAUGUUUCUAAUAAAGCAUAUGAAGAUGCAGAAGCUAAAGCAAAAUAUGAAGCUGAAGCUGCUUUCUUCGCCAACUUGAAGCUGUCUGAUUUCAACAUCAUUGACACCCUUGGAGUCGGAGGUUUCGGACGAGUAGAACUGGUCCAGUUAAAGAGCGAAGAAUCCAAAACCUUUGCCAUGAAGAUUCUCAAGAAACGCCACAUUGUGGAUACCAGACAGCAGGAGCACAUCCGCUCAGAGAAGCAGAUCAUGCAGGGGGCUCAUUCCGAUUUCAUAGUGAGACUGUACAGAACAUUUAAGGACAGCAAGUAUCUGUAUAUGCUGAUGGAAGCCUGCCUAGGUGGGGAGCUCUGGACCAUUCUCAGGGAUCGAGGUUCAUUUGAAGAUUCGACAACCAGAUUUUAUACAGCAUGUGUGGUGGAAGCUUUUGCCUAUCUGCAUUCCAAAGGAAUCAUUUACCGGGACCUCAAGCCAGAAAAUCUCAUCCUAGAUCACCGAGGUUAUGCCAAACUGGUUGAUUUUGGCUUUGCAAAGAAAAUAGGAUUUGGAAAGAAAACAUGGACUUUUUGUGGGACUCCAGAGUAUGUAGCCCCAGAGAUCAUCCUGAACAAAGGCCAUGACAUUUCAGCCGACUACUGGUCACUGGGAAUCCUAAUGUAUGAACUUCUGACUGGCAGCCCACCUUUCUCAGGCCCAGAUCCUAUGAAAACCUAUAACAUCAUAUUGAGGGGGAUUGACAUGAUAGAAUUUCCAAAGAAGAUUGCCAAAAAUGCUGCUAAUUUAAUUAAAAAACUCUGCAGGGAUAAUCCGUCAGAAAGAUUAGGGAAUUUGAAAAAUGGAGUGAAAGACAUUCAAAAGCACAAAUGGUUUGAGGGCUUUAACUGGGAAGGCUUAAGAAAAGGCACCUUGACACCUCCUAUAAUACCAAGUGUUGCAUCACCCACAGACACAAGCAAUUUUGACAGCUUCCCUGAGGACAAUGACGAACCACCACCUGAUGACAACUCAGGAUGGGACAUAGACUUCUAAUGUAUUUCUCUUACCUGCUUCUGCCUUGCUGAAGACAGCUUUUUCUGAGACAGCUGCCAGCAAACCUGAAGGAAAGAGAGAAGAUUAGUGCUCGGGGUCACCAUGAUGCCUUUGAUCGAUGCUGCUCCAGUAACUACAGUGGCAUUAGGACUCAUUGCUUAGAUGACAGUAGUGCUCUUCACACGUUUUCUGUUUGAACCUAAAAAUAGCAGUUGACAUGGUGGUCCUGAAGCCAAGCCUUUCACCAGUAAAGAGAUGUUUUCUAUUGUUGCAAUGACCUUGCUUUGCUCUGAUUAUAAUUUGAAAGACUGUAAGAAACACUUCAAUUUAGUAAAAGAUAAAAGUCUGUACCUUGCUAGAGUUAUCCAGAAGAUCAAAAAAUAAUAUAUUGGGUACGAUAGGUUACUAUGGUACAGAAACUGGGCUCUUCCCUUUCUUCAGGUUGAGGGUUGUGGGAACUAUUUACUGCAAGCCGGUGUAUAUACCACACACAAGAGGACCACACCUCUGUUGGUCACAGUUCAUGUCAAACCAGUGCUAGAAGUUUCAUGAUUUUAUUUCCCAGCAGUGCUGAUGACGAGACUGAAUGUUACAUUUCCUUCUGACAGAUUUUAAAAAUUGAUGUGAUAAAAGCACAACUGCUAUGGACUCUGCUGAGAACUCUCAUAGCAGGUAGAUAUGCGUUUUCACAGAGGAUUGGAAAAAAAUCAACAUGCAUGAUAUCUGUUUCUUUUUGAUAAAUUGGCAUGACAGAGUGGAAAAAAAGCAAUUCACAAACCCUUUCAUAGUUUUAAAAAUAGUAUGCUUAGAGAUGGUCCUGGAAAUAAAUGACUAGCAGCCAAUUGGUUUUUAUUUAUUAUCUAACACACCCUCAAACUGAGGCUUAAAAUAUUCUUUUAUAAAAAUAAACCCUUGGGGUGGGGUUGGGGUGGGGUGGAGAGGGAUUAAGAUCCAUCCAAAAAAAAAAAAACUAUAUAGGUGCUAUGUAUAUCUUUCAUCUGUAAAUGUCAGUGUCUGAACAGACAACACAAAAUCUAAUCAUUACAUGUGUAGCCAGAGAAUCAAGCAUUUUCACUAAAUUUAUGAAACCAAAUUCCUGUCAGAGUUCACUUACACAGCAUCAUCUAGGGUUGAGGGAGAAAGGUGAUUAAAAACCUAUUUGAACUAGCUUCUUGUCUUAGGCCUGAACCAAAAAAGAGACAGAAGGAAAGAUUAAUCGGAUGAGAAACCUUACUUAUGUGAGGUCUGGGAACAAGACAAGACCCUGGCCAGCUGUUACUGCCUUUUUGUCAGUGGGCAAGGAGUCCAUUAGCUGAAAGCAGGAAAUGAGUAGAGAGGGAAACAGAAAUCUCAUUUCUUAAAAAGUAAAUUGGAGCUAAAUAAAUAAAACAAAUACUGUAAUUCGGAAAUAAUCACGCUACCUAAGAAAGACUAGGUUUGAAAAGAUUAAACUGAUUUGCCUUUUUGCAUGGGGAAAAGAAUCAGUGACUUAAAUUGAGUCCUUCGUUGGCAGGCCACUUUACUGUUACCGGCUAUCUUCAGUCACAGAGCUAUUUGGAAGCUUUUCCUAGACAAACGGCGUUAUACCUUCUUAGACAAAUGCAUACUUUUAUGAGCUAUCAUCCUGAUUUGGAAACUGUGUUUGCAUUUGGUAUAUUAAAUAGAGGUUUGAUUUUUUUCCCUAUAGAAAGUGUUUUAAAAAGUCAAUCAAAUGUAGACAUUUCUACAAAACGCAUGUCCACCUAGGUCAUUAUACCACAUCCAAGAAGGCAUCUAUUAUGACAUUUGCUUGAAUAUUCAUGCUAAGACUACUUUUGAAUAUGAUAUCAAAAUAUAAUACAGUACGGGACAUUUGGAAAAUUAAAAUACUAAGAGCAUAUUAUAUACAAUCAGAAUAAAGUAAAACGAAAACUUUGAUCCUAAGGUAUUAUUGUUACUCUUGGAUUACUGGAGUUUUUUCCCUCCCUUACAAAAGAAUUUCUCAAAAUCAAACUGCUCCCCAAGAUACCAACUUUCUUCUACAGAAUAUAAAAUGAAACUAUCAACCUAAAAUCCAGGUGGCAGUGCUAUUCAGAAGUUUAAUAUAAGGCUUUAAAAAAGAUAUUCCAACAUUAUUUUUAAAGAGAGACCGUGGUUUAGGCAUGCUAAAGGUUGGCUAGAAUGUUUAAAACGACCUAGUCAUUUCACGUAAGAGCAUCUUCCCCUGCAACUUUUCAAGUAUCUCAGUAGCCCCAGAGAUUAGCACUUACAAUGGAUUGUGUAACUAUGGUUCAAGGCUAAGACAACCACCGAGAGGCACACGUCCUAUGGAAGAGGAAUGAAGCAGCUUUCGGUAUAACGUGACUGCAGGUUGUUUCUCCGACUCGUGACUGCAUCUUUGUUCAUUUCACCUGUGGCACUGUAUUAGGCUGUCUAAAGCAAUCACCAAACAGUAAAGGUGAACUACAGUUUUCAAGAAUUGCUAACGGAAAACAUUCAUCUACUUUUCAGCAUAGACUUUUAAGGAUUUACAUUUGUCUCACUGAAGACACUAGGGCUAAAAUUCAUGGUCAGUUUCAUAAAGCACGUCUCACUUUAUUUCUGACUUUUUCAUGCCCCCCUCUAUUUCGGAUACGUUAGAAUAGUGCCAACUUGUUUUGAUUUGUUAACUGACUUUCUUGUCAAUACUUCAAGUAUGGGAAAUAAGGGCUUUCUGUGUGUCUUGACUCACAGGAAAACUGAAAAUUGCCAAGAAAAGGAACACCACAAUAUUUGAGCUAGAUUGAUUGUAUUAGAGAAAAUCAUUUCUGGAAAUUUGCUAUGAAUGAUUUUUAUGUUUGUACCUUCUUUGUUAUUCACAUAGGAAUCAGAUCCAUGUGGCAUUUUAAAGAUUUAUUUUGAUUAUAUUCAAGUAAAAAUUUUUACUUAAAAUUAUGGGAUAUGCAUGUGUAUCACACAUGUAUAAUAUAAAUAUUCAACUGUUGGAUUUUUCUUGUUUGAUUUCUAAAUGACUGAAUUGAUGGUAAACUUAAAAAAAUCAGCUACCAUACUGAAAAAAAAAAAGGAUAUUAGAACUGAUUUCAUACAGUAGAAGUGAUCUGUGCAUUACCCAUAACAAUGUUUUCUUUCACACAGUAGGACCACAGACAAAUAUUUAUGUAAAUAGGUAUUUUUGUGUGAUAUUUUGUGGUACAUAUAACUUCUUUUUUUUAGUGAUUCACAGCAUUAUUAUUUCAUUUAAUUUGUACUGAAUAAUGUUUUUAGGUCCAAGUAGACUUGAAUUAAUGUCAUAAUUGUCAGUAUUAUUGAAAAUUAUGUCAACUGUACUGUUACUCAUCUGUCCCAUAGUUUAGAACAUGACCUGGCUAUCUGGCAUUGUUGCAAGUGCCUUAAAUUCAUGGCAUCCUAUUAAAAAACAAAUUUGGUGUUAUGCUGCAUGACAAAGACAAACACACCUCAAAAUGUUGUCCUUUCUUAGCUUGCUGCGUUUUACAGUUCUUUCUGCUAACAAUUUAUAAGCCUUUAUUAUAUACUAUUGAUGAAUUACAGAAAUGAUGAAGUUGUUCUCUUAUUUCUGUUAAAUGUACCAGAGCUGUGUAUCUGUUCAUGAGAUACAGCGUCAUUUCUGUGAAAUGUAUAAAUGUAUGUGCAGGUCAAAUUAAUAUAUGACAUCCUAUCAGUCUGUAUACAGGUAUUCCUGUUUUGCUUAGUUGUGCAGGUUCAGUUUUAAAAAAAUCAGUGCAGUCAAGUUCUAAAAUAUCUCAUUUUUUAGACUAUUUAACAACGGCCCAACUGAAAAGAAAAAUUGGGAAAUGACUGCUAACCACACCUCGUUAUGAAACCAAUGACAAAAAGGGACCUUGGUGCACCACUCAACAAAACAGGAUGCUUCUCUGAGUUCUUGUAUAUGCAAAUCACUUGUGAGGCAAGUUUUCAACAGACUUAGAAAGAUGAACAUUGAAAGUGUGUUGUUAGCCCUCCUCUUUAUCUGCCCCUGCAUCAACAGACAGAGCUCUGGGACCUUAACAGUGACUCAGAGGUUUGGACUUUCCGAGUAAAGGGACAUUUCUUUAAGCAUCAUCCAUCAAGUUUAUUUCAAUGUAUGAUGUUUUUACAACUGGUCAGUUCUUUUGUAUUCUUACAGCUAUGGUUAUUUGAUUGUCCUCUUACAAUCUGUUCUACAUGGGAGAGUCCUUUGUUAGUCAGAAUGCAACAACUGUCAUCAAAUGGUCAUUGACCACUUGCACUCUUUUGAUGUAGAUUAAAAACUUUUUCAUAAACUUAACCUGCUUUGAUUUGCUCUGUAUUUUUCCUGCAGCUGUAAUUGCCGAGUGCCUGUUGUAUACUUUAUAGAGUUGAAAUAAAAAAAAAUAAUUACUUUUGAA